CCUCCCUUCUCCCCCUCUCUCUGUCUCUGAUUGUUCGUCUGUUCCUUUCCUUUCCUUCCUUCUCUGAGCCGCCAGCUCCCCGGCCUCUCUCCUGACGAUGAUGGUCCGUCUGAUUGGGCUGCUGGUCCUCCUCGCCCUCGCCGGGGUCGCCCACUGCCACAUCCGCAAACUUGCCCCUGAAGGUAUUUCCCCGAAUGCACAUGGCGUCUGCAUCGCACCUUGCACUCUUCUUGUCUGGGUCUUUCUUCGUCACGCAAGGUCAUCACGGGACCUCCACGACCACCGCCGCUCCGGCACCCAGCAACGACCCAGACGCCACGACCACCGCCGCUCCGACACCCAGCAUCGACCCAGACGCCACCACCAAGAGCGACGGCAUGUACGACGGUGAGGAGAAUUAAGACCAGCUGUGGUGCGGUGUUUUGAUUGCUCUGUCGUUUGCUUGUCUUGCCGCUUCCUUUUUGAUGCAGGCUACGAUGACCUGGUUGACCUGUCUCCGCACGAUUCGCCGGACGAGGGCGACAAUGCGCCUGCUCUGAACGCAACGCAAGAAAGUAUGUCCACACACAAACGACGAGGUGUGCAUCCUUUCGUAACUGUACUAAAUGUGUACUUUCGCGUGCAAAUCAGUCUGGCGCGGCUGCCGGGCCCGCUAUGUUGUUCGAGAUCGUAAGCUCGAUGACGAUGUCACAUCAGAAACUACGCACGUGUCGACUGAUUCCUUCUUUUCUGCCUUUUGUGUGCGAUGUGCAGUUUCGGACAGUGGCCUCGACGUCCUGAGUAUCGGUCACUUCAGUGCCAGAGGAGAGUGUCGCCGUUUCGUUAAGAACCGUUGUCGCGAGCGAGCGCGCGCCGCUGCCCACGAGUGCAUGAAAGACGCCUGGAAUUUUGCUCCCAGUCGGAACCCACCCACAUCGUGCAGGCGUACGUGGGGAAACAAGAGAGUGAACGACUACCAAGCCUCCUCUCCCCUGAAGACAUGGAUACAGCGGGAGGCCUGUGCAGAAUGGCGUCCGUGCCAACCCAAGCGUGCCAGGGUCGCGGUACAAGCCGUAACGACAGGCGACUCUGGCUGCGGGAGCACAAGGGAGCUCGGGACGAUGGACGUCCGCUGCUGACCAGAGAUAGACACAGAGGGGCUGGUGAUUGAGAUCGAAAAAGAUGAGGGGAGGGUGAGAGGGAGGAAAGGCGGGCAUUCAAUAGAGGGAGGCAGGCAUGCCAUCUGUUCAUACCCACCUCUUUCUUUCUCCCCACCCACCUUUUUCUUUCUGUGGGCUCACUCUGGCCGACCACGGACACACACGAUGGGUGCGCGGGUUUAGCCGAGAGGCGACCAGCAAGUAUUUUAUGGGUGGGUGGAUUCAUGUUUCUGGCAACUGUUGGUUGGUGUGCGCAUACCCGUGGGCGGUGUCCAACACAUGCGAAUUGGGCAUGUGUGGGUCUUCACUCACGCAGGCUGACCUCUGACGGCUUUACUUAUCGUGGUACGGGGUGGGAAUUAGGGGGAGGGACUUGCCUUGAUGCACAAUUGUUGCAGCCACAGACGUGCUGAUUCCUUCUACUUGUGGGCGGUGCAUGACACACACGUGUUGACCAGAAUCCACUGGUCUGUCUGCUGCUUGAUCCAUGUGCACCAUGUGUUGUCAUGUGCCGUGAGGUCGUGCAUGUGCCGCGUGGCUGCGUGGGGGCUGUCUGCCGGUCAGUUAUGCUCGAAUUGGGAGCGACGGCCGAUCGACUGGCUUCCUCGCCCACGUGCACACGCAUGAGGUGUAUGAGGGUGCGUGAAGCCAUCGUUGGGGAGGACAGAGGGAAACAUUGGGGAUACAUGGGAAUGAGAGCACUGAAACAACUCCAUCGUUC